AUGUCUCAUGCUCACCACGGCUUGGUGAUGCGAAACCACCUUCGUCGGGAUGUAAUCCCUCCGAAUCGAUUGCCAUUUUUGGUACCCACAGCCUCCUCUAUAGCCACCAAGCUUCCAUCCCUCGUGGCAAGAGCCGAAGCAUCUUCGACAAUUACGGGAGAAAAGCCCACUAGCAACCUGACAACGACGGUCUUACCUGUCGUGCUCGGUGCAGGUGUUCCCAUUCUGUGUGCUAUUAUCGUCCUCAUUGUGCUUCACCGGAGACAUGUCAAGAAACUUAGGCGGGAAGAUGCAAUGGAUAAACAUAAAUCUCUCGAUUUUGGAAUGGAUACAGUGGGGCCUGCAACUAGGAGGAAAGGGCAUGGAAUGCCCCCGAUGUCCGAACCCACCCAUACCAAAGGACUGUCUCUUGAUGUCGGUCCUUAUCUGAUGCCUCCGAACCUGCAAGGUUCGCCGGAUUCUCUGCACUCCAUGUCAAUUGACGAUGACAAAUACCGCCCGGCCACUGCCUCCAUUCGGUCGUACCCUAAGGGACAUCGGGAUGAUGCAUCGAGCUUCGCGGGUUCCCGAUUUGGAGACGAUGGCAGCUCGGGUCUUCUCCAGAAUGCACAGAGGAUGUCUCGUUCAGACCCACCGCUAUACUCCUCCCCUACCGAAUCUCAUGCACGCAGUCCUGUAAACAAGCCCAAUGACUACCGUGGGCAAGUUCCCGGGGUGACGCAUCCACCUGCUGCACAUCAACCCGGCAUGGCUAUUGGAAGUCCCAAUGGCAACAGGAUUCCCUCGCCGGAGCCACUGCCUCAUCUGGAUUCCUCUUCGGGCCUCAACUUCGGAUUGGAUGAUACAUAUGGCAACUCAUAUAACCAGCACGAAGGGCGGCUCAACUUCCCGCUGCCUGAGCCUUCGCAACCACGAGACUUGAAUCAUGGCCAGGCUCCUGCAUCACAGCUUCCUCGUAUUUCCCUGCCGGCCAGUGACGUUACCACUAGUGACUAUGGGGAUGACCGCAAGUCGCAAUCCACUCUCCCUGCGGUCAACAUCCAUGGAACAGAAGAUGUACAGCCACAUAAUGCCCCAAGCCACGAUAACAAGCAUCCAGAACUCCCAGAGGAGCCUCAAAAUCUGGAUGCGGCAUAUGAUAACCGCCGCGAUACCCGCCGGAUGACUCUCGGUUUGCGCCCGUUGCCCCCAGAAGACCCCGCCGACAACCCAGAACAGCGUGCCAAUCGGAUUCGCUCCUUCUACAAGGAGUACUUCGAUGAGAGCAAGGGCGGCCAGGAGCCCACAUACUACGAGGACUUUGGGCCCGAGUUCUAUGAGAACGGUGGUAAUUCAGCUGGUUUCAUCUACGACCCCACCACUGGCGAGUAUUACGAUGCCUCUGGGGGUCCUGCUCCAUUCGCCGAGCCGAUUACUCGUCGCGCGAUGACGCCGCCGCCUCGCGCCCCUCCACGCUUCCAGGGAGCCGCCCGCCACAUGGCUACCAACUCCGCUGGAGGCGGCAUGCCUGGGCCACGCGCAUUCUCAUCUGCCUCUGGCCGUAUGCCCGGGCCACGCGGUCCCAAGAAACCAAUCCCACCCCCAUCACCGCUACACGUCCUCCCUACUCCUCACAUGUUGACGGACGACUCCCUCAUGAUGGCCAUGGACUUUGCCCCGGCAUAUGGAGCCAAGGACCGCCGCGCGGGUCGCCCCGAGACACCCACCGGUGGCAUGCGCCCCUACGUCCCUAGUGUGCGUGCCCACACUCCGCUGGUCUCUGCCUUUGACGAGCUCGCCGUAAUGCCGAGUCCCCACGCGCUGCGCAAGUCUGGCACGUACACCAACCUAGACUUUGUGCCACCGCCCCGGUUUAAGAACGAGGGUGGUACCGGCAGCGAUGCGGGUAGUAUCCGCAGUGCUCGGACGGUCGUCUCUGCCAACCACCAAAAUAAUAUCCGCAUGGGCAACUACCGCGUCAGUCGUCUGCCAGCCGAGGCGGUUGGCACUAAGGACGACAUGAUGACUAGUUUGCGUCCGAAGUGGGAUAUGAACAACGCAUAA